GGGGCGGGCAGAGCCGGCGCGGCGCGCAGGGGAGAGGCGGCCCGAUGGGGCGGCCGGCCCGUAGCCUGGCCCCGCUCCGGCUGCUGCUGCUCGUGGCGCUGGGGCACGCCUGGACGUACCGGGAGGAGCCGCAGGACAGCGACAGGGAGGUCUGCUCGGAGAACAAAAUCGCCACCACCCGCUAUCCGUGCCUGAAGCCCACGGGGGAGCUCACCACCUGCUUCAGGAAAAAAUGCUGUAAGGGUUAUAAGUUUGUUCUUGGACAGUGCAUCCCCGAAGACUACGAUGUGUGUGCUGAAGCUCCUUGUGAACAGCAGUGCACAGAUAACUUCGGACGGGUGCUGUGCACUUGCUAUCCCGGGUACCGCUACGAUCGGGAGAGGCACAGGAACAGGGAGAAGCCUUAUUGCCUCGACAUUGACGAGUGUGCCGCCAGCAAUGGGACGCUGUGCUCGCACAUCUGCAUCAACACCGUGGGCAGCUACAGGUGUGAGUGCCACGAAGGCUACACCCGGGGGGAGGACGGCAGGACGUGCACCAAGGGAGAUAAAGCUGGACUUUCUGAGAAAUCUGAAAACGUGGCGAAACCAGGGACAUGCUGUGCCUCUUGUAAGGAAUUUCAUCAAAUAAAGCAGACAGUUUUGCAACUGAAGCAAAAGGUUUCUUUGCUACCAAAUAAUGCUGCUGAUCUUAGCAAGCAAAUCACUGGUGAAAAAGUGCUUGCAUCUAAUGCAUAUAUCCCCGGCCCCCCAGGACAGCCUGGCCAACAAGGUCCUCCAGGGGCACCAGGACCGAAAGGAAGUCAAGGAGUUCCUGGGUCACCUGGACCUCCUGGACAGCCAGGCCCCCGGGGAUCAAUGGGACCUAUGGGCCCAUCUCCAGAUAUAUCCCACAUUAAACAGGGCAGACGAGGCCCCGUGGGCCCACCUGGAGCACCGGGGAGAGAUGGUAGUAAGGGGGAGCGAGGUGCACCAGGACCGAAAGGGAUACCUGGCCCACCAGGUUCGUUUGACUUCCUAUUGCUGAUGAUGGCAGACAUCAGAAAUGACAUCGCAGAACUGCAGGAGAGAGUGUUUGGACGGAGGACUCAUUCAUCAACAGAGGAGUUUCCAUUACCUCAGGAAUUUACAAACUAUCAUGACACGGUAGAUUUUGGAUCUGGAGAGGACUACAAACCACGCGCAGCACCCAGAGACUCCAGGAUACAGAAGGCAGCCCAUCCUUAGCUAUGCCUACUGAAAAAUAGAGCCCUUCUAGAGUUCUUUGUUAUAAAAAUGCACUGACAAUGUAAAAUAUAUAGAGAUUAUUUCCUAUCUUUCUCUUUGCUUUUCCCUAACCAUGCUGCCUGUACUGUAGCUUUCCCAGUUCAUGAUGGCCUCCUCGCAGUAAUUCUAUACCUUCAAGCCUGCACUGUGCAUUGUAUGUAGUUUAACAGGAAAACCUUCUUAAUGUAUAGGGCUAGCAUGAAUCAGGCAAGAGCUAGAUAAUGGGGCAGACAACAGCAUCUCAUCUGCCUACCUGUGGUUCUGCGUCCAAAUGACCCAGUACCUAAAUUUUGUGAGGGGUAGAGAGGUGAGAGAGGUAGCUGAACAUCAUCCCCAAAAGACAUCAGUAAUGAAAGCCUAGGUUCACAUUUACUUUAUACAUGUAAAUGAAUUAUUCCACUAAACACAAGUCUCCAGCUAGUGUCCCCAAGCUUAGGAGAGUGUGAAAAGUGGAUCUCUGUUUCACAGCAGAGGCCAGUUCAAUGUGAGGAGUCUCCUUCUGUUAUGCUUCACCACGACAGAAAAAGAAAAUAUGAUGAAGCAGUGAUGCUUGUUGAUCAAGAAAUUAUGUGGCUUGCUGUUAAUAGAGAAUUGUACAAAGACAGUCAAGAAGACGUCUUAGUCCUAAACUAACAAUUCUUUUCCCUUACCAUUCUUUCACUGCUCAGUGUGAAGCAGAGUUCUCUUUCUCAGUGGGGUCAUACUGGAUACAUUUUCACACAGAUGAGCAAGAGAACAGGGAUAAAGCAGGAAAAGCAAGCAUAUGUCAAUCAAGUUGGCUUAUUGGCAAGCACAAAUAUUUCAACCUUGCAGAAAGUCAAGAUUCUGACCUCCUGCAGGUGCUUUGUCUUCCUUGAUGAAAUGCUAACAAUUUUACUUGAUCCAAGUAAAACUGAGACCAGAGAGAGUCCUCGUUUGCAAAGAGCUUCCAUCUGUUUUGCUCCUCUUACUGCAUGCGAGCAACCUAAAUGGCACUCACAGAACUGGAACACAAGAGUUGCAGUGUAUUUGGCUGGGUAUAUGAGGAGUAUGGGUAGGUGCAGGAGUGCACAUGACAAAACAUUUCACAUGAUACAAGGAUAGCUAAGGUGAGGUACUGCACAUGGUAUCCUGUAUUUGUGAAGAGGGAUGAAAGGGAGUGCCUUUUUUUUACACUGGAAAAUGGGAUGCACAAGUUAGAUCAUACCUCAUGGAUGAUGUAUGUUAACUUUUUAAUGGGGAUUUUCUCAGCUGCUGAGGACUUUGCCAUGCUUAGAAGAUAAAGGAGUGUAUUAAGCACCAAACUUCAAUGUUGUAUCUGUGUAGCUGCUACUUCUACAAGAUGUUUAGUGCUGGGUCCUGUCCACAUCACAAAUGCAAAGAAAAAAUUAUUUUGCCAUGUUUUCCAUGGCUUGCAAGUUCUAGUAGAAUAAAUACUGGUAAAAACAUAAGGAGGUCCUUUUCAGAUAAUCUGUAAAGUUUUGGAUCCCCUUCCAUAUUCUCUAUGUCAAAAGAUAGUUGGUGUAAUCCCUACACCACCAGAACAGGUCAUGUUGUAUAAACAGCUGGCUGUCUAGACCUUCCAUAUCUUUUGUAUGUUAUCUUAAGAGGAUUUUCUUCAUUCCUGUAAUUGUUUCACAACUUUUCAGUAUCAGUACACCACAAGCAAGGGCAUUAGGUUUAAGAACAUUAAUGUUCUUUAUUCCUCUUCACACUAUAUGCGUAUCAGUAUUUACACAGCAAUGAAUAAGUCACUGGUAUAGCUAAGGAAAAAUGACUCACUCUCUGGUCUUUGGGCUUCUCCUCUGAAAGGACCUCACCCAGCAGCUACAGAUCCAAGUAAUCUUAUGAAGGAGGUAAUGGGGAUAUCAGUGAGACUUGAGGAAGGAAAUUCUGGCCAAAGGAAGGGUGUUCUUACAUACAUCAGAUUGAAAGAAACCUCUAAGGCAGCAUUAACUGAGGCAUGUAUUAUUUUCUAAAUUUCAAAGAGGCAACUAGGUAUAAAUUAUGUAGUUCAUGAAUAAGUACAAUUGUUAGAUGUCCAAUUAUGUAUUUGUAACUUGCAAAUUAUGUAACUUUUGCAUAUGUUCUCCACUACCGCCCAUCACCUGCUGGACCAGGUUGAUUUCCACUACAGAAUUAGAAGCUGCAAUUGUUUGAACCACCAGAUACUAACAGUGAAUUAAAUGAGUUGCUUCCUCCAUACUGACUAAGUUCUAUUGCCCACUGCCCACAAGAAGGUGUGUUCUAAAAAAAAAAAAGAAGGCACUUAUUUGAGUUCUAAGCUCUGCUUUUCUGAAUAUAGACGAAUACGAGUUCCUACAGUCUGACAACUGAAUUCAGGGGAAUGCAGCAAUUGCCCUGCUUUGCAUAAGUAUUUAGGGAAGGGAAAUUCUGAUACAGCACCAGAAAAGUAUGUGAAAUACAUUCCUUGUUGUAAGUGCAAGAAGCUGUCCUACAGACUUGAGAACAUAAAAUAGGGCACAUUUUUACAUGCCCUUCUGAAUGCCUUUCUCAAUAACUUCUCUUUCUAUAGUCCACAUCAUGUUUUUUUUCCCACAGUUCAGAGCUGUUUCUGUCCAGCAUACAUGCUUCCUCCAUAAAAAUGGUGAAGGGAAAAACAACUUGGGUUUGUCCUUGUGCCUCACCCUCCUUUCCACAGACUCUUUGCCCCAAAGUGCUGUUGGCUGAACAGCAGCAGGGAGAAGAUGCUGUGGUAAGGACACGUUCACUCCAUAGGACAGAGGAAUGCCUAUAGCAGGGAGAGUUCCUCUGAGCAAAGCUGGCUGGGAAGGUCCAGCCUUGUGUCUGAGACCUCUGUGUACACCUUUAUUAUUUUAUUUCUCAUUAAUUGUAUGAUAGCUUUCAUAACACAUUGUAUCAGAACCAUUUCACUACAGUUUCUAGAGAAACACAUGCAGAAGCUCACAAAAAUGAAGCUUUCUUAAGCAUAUUCAAAGUUUUAUACACACAGAUCAGAGGAGUCAUCUCCAGUUUUAAGCAGUUACCAGAGAGAGAGAAGAAAGUCAUUAGCUUAUAAAUUAUUUAUUUCUCUACAGCUCCAAAAGUAAUAGCCCAAGAAGAAUGCAGUAACAUCUAUACUUAUGUCCAGUUUCAUUACUAGGCUCACGCACAUGACAACUUUGUUUCGUAUAAAUACUAUGUAUAAUUUUAUUAGAAAGAAAUAUUAUUUUGAUGUUAAGACAUCAAGUUACAAGCAGAAGGAUAAUAAAGAGUUUGUUAUUUUAUUAAUAUUGGAAAUAUAUUUAAUGGAAACAUUUACAAGAGUGUGUAGUGAUGGGGAAAUACUGAUUGUUAAAAAGCUUAACAAAAACAUAAAGCUUCCAGGGACAUAUGGGAUUAGUCUUCCUUGCAAAACUAGAAUACUGACACAUAACAAUUCUUACAUGGUCAGGUUAAACCAGGAAAAGGAGAUGAAAAUUGAUUGUGAACAGAAUUAUGACAAUCCCUGGAGUUAUUUUUGGUACCACAGUUUAAAUAACAUUCUUCCCAGAAGUAUUUCAGAGUUAAUGUUAAGCCCCAGAGAAGCAACAAAGGAUGGGGUCCAAGAAUUUGUUAAUUUCACUGAAAAUCAAUAUGUUUGUUCCUAUUACACAUUCCAGUAACUAUACUGUUCACUUUAUUUAUAUAUAAAAUACUAAAAUGUGUAUAAAAUGAUUGUGAUUUUAUGAUGUAUUCGUAAUAACAAAGAUAUUUUUUCUUA